AUGAAUUUAUUAAUUUUAUUAUGUUCCUUUUUUGUUGGGACGUUAGUAACAUCUCAAUCUUCAUCUGGGAUAAAAUACGUUUUGACCGUGUCUAAAUCCGUUGUUUCUGGAAGUCCUACGACAAUAUGCCUUUUAACGCAAAAUUCAGAUUACCCACUUGAUAUAACAUUAGGAUUUAAUUAUACCGAUGUUAAAGAUAAUUUUGAAAUAACAAAAGAAUAUGCUUGUUUUCAAUUAAAUGUACCACCUUUUUCUGGAAUCAUGCCUGGAGCGACGUAUUUAACAAUAACAUUAAACAAAAAAGGGGAUAGUUCUCCUUUAGUAUCAUCACAUUCACGUAUAAUUACCGUUUUUGAUGCGGAACGGCCAAAUUAUCAAUUACAAAUGGAUAAAUUACAUUAUAGAGUUGGAGAUAAAAUUCUGAUUCGAAUAUUUUCAAGUAAUCAAUACACAGAACCAGUUAAUGAUGAAAUAAAAGAUAUUGCAAUACUGGAUCACGAUAAAAAGGAAACUAUUUCAUGGAAAGAUCCUAAAUCAACUGUUGGGAUACUUCAUUUAGAGUAUGAAAUAAAAGAAAAUGAUCCAGUUGGAAUUUGGUCGAUAAAUAUAAACAAUAAUGAAAUGGUAAAAGAAUUCCAAGUAAUUCCUCCACAUGUGCCAAACGAUAUUCAAGUCAUAUUAAAGUUUCCGGAAUUUGUUAACUUAAACGAUCGUAAUGUUACAAUAAAAGUCUGUGCUCUAUAUACAAAUCAAAAACCGGUAACUGGCGAGGUUUUAUUUUCUAUAAAUCUUAUUAAAAACAAAAUGACAGAUUCAGACUCAGAUAUAAUUGAAAAUAAAAUUGAAUUUAAUGCAACAAUUACCGAUUCCGUUACAAAAAGCGAGCUAAAUGAAUCGGGCUUUAUAUCUGCUUAUCCAUCGGUAUAUCCAUGUGAUAUAAAUAUUGAACUAUUAACGCCGAAUGGAAGAGUCCAUCCUGGAAUACCGUUUGUGGGAAAAGUAAAAAUUUCAGAUAGAAAAGUUGAUUUAGAUGGGAAAACUUUUCAAGUGUGUUAUAAAGUUUUAUACCUCGACAAUGCUGAUUCAUUAGACUAUGUUUUUGAAGAUUCCUCAAAUCCUAAGUAUUGUGUGGAUAUUAUAAUUGGAGUAAAAGAAUAUUAUGUAUUUACAAUUCCACCUUUUAAAUAUAAUACGAUAAAAAAUGUUGCGAUUGGGGCAAGACUAGUGGAUUAUCCAAAAAUUACAAGUGAGCUAUUUUUGAGGGCAACCACAGGUGAAAAUAGUAUAGAGUUAGUUCCGGUAAUUCCAUCGAAUUUAGAAGAAUGUAAUGAAAAAUUAAAUUUCAUAGUUACUUACACACAAAAUAAUGUAAAAUCUGAUAUAACCGGAUUUAAUUUCAUGAUCACUUCUAGAAGUAAAACUGAUAAAGCCGAAUGGAUUUCAACUAGUGAAGCAAUAAAACAAGCCUAUAAUCCCGAAAAUCAUCAAAACCCAAUACUUGAGAAAACAGAUUUUAUUUUAGAAUCCGCCGAAAUCUUUACAGUCCCCUUUGAAGUAAAAAGUACCGACAUCAAACCAGAUGAACACAAUGUAAUUGUUUAUUAUUUACCUAAUGAUGAAAUGAUUUCUGAUGGUUACGGUUUGAAUAUAUUAUCAUGUCUUAAACAUAAGGCCGAAGUAUCUUGGGAAAAAGAUACCGUAAAUACAAAUGAAAAAGUAGUAUUAAAAAUUUUAACUACUAAAAAUGCGAUUUGUUCCGUUUCGGCAACGGAGGAAACCCCGGAAAUAGUAAAUUACAUCCCAACAUUGUUUGAAUCACCUUCAAUGAAAUGUUCUGAAACCAUGCCUAAUAAUAUUUCCUCUAACACUAACACAAUUUUGCAAAUAACACAUCUAAACGAAAAAAAAGGGCAAUUUUUAAAUCGAUAA